AUGAGAAAGAAUGCCAGUGUUGCAACCAUAGCAGAGGGUAAGGAGUGGUCCAUUGAGACGUCCUCGGCCAGAAACUGGACAUCUCUUCAACCCAAUGCCGGCCUUUCAUCCUCUCAUCGCUCUGGAGGACCGGGACAAAGCUCAGCGAAACCCGGAGACAAAGCUUUUGAAGACUGGCUGAGUGAUGAUGUUAACUCAUAUCAGAGCGGAGGGGGCUACAGUGGCAACCAAGAGAAUCGGUAUGUUGGCUUUGGCAACACCGUGACCCCAGAGAAGAAGGAGGAUGACUUCAUCAACAAUGCCAUGACUUCUAUUUAUUCAGGUUGGAGCAGUUUCGCUGUCGGAGCUAGCAAGAUUGCUACUAUCGCUAAAGAUAAUACAUCUAAACUGGCAAACCAAGCAACCUUAAAGGCUACAGAGUUAGGACAGACAUUAAAUGAGAAUGUUAUCAAACCCACACAAGAAAAGGUAAAAGAUGGCAAAUUGAUAGAUGAAAUGACACUCGGCAUCACCGGGCUGGCAAACAAGGUCCAGGGAGCUGGUUCCAAAUUGACUAAUCUCUUCGUGGGAAAAACGGAGGAUGGGUCUACUGGAGAGAGCUACCAGAACAUGGAUGCCACUGAGGGAUAUCAGGGCAGUUCUACCCAGCCUGUCGCAAAGGACUUCUGGGAAACCUUUGGAAGCAGCAACUCCUUAAAGGCCAAGAAAUCCCCCAGCAGUGACAGCUGGACCAACGUAGAUAAUUCUGCAAAGAAGAGCUCUGACAGUUGGGACAAUUGGGGCUCAGAGGGAGCGUCCAACAACAAACACAGCACAGAGGAGAGCUGGGAAGCCUGGGACAACAACUGGGAGAACGCAGAGGGUAAGACGAAGAAGAGUCCCACAAAACCUGCCGAGGAGACCUGGGAUAAUGCAGACUGGUAGUGACCUCACAAACGUACAUCUCCCCUCCUUCAACCCCACUCUGGUAUUUUCCCUGUUUCCCCCUCUCUGUUCUUCUCACCGGCACCUUUAGGGAAAAAGCAGAGUAAAUGUACCUGUAAAUCCAUUCAAAAUAUAUUUAUUAUAAACCCAGGAAGCAAUUAAUGAGGCUCGGGGCUACGUUGAGCUCAUCAUGAGAGUAAGAUUCUUAAAAAAAUACAACUUUACAGACUUAUAGUCAUUUAUUGUAUUGUAAAGUACCGUCCUCAAAAGGAAUUACAAAUAAAUCAGUCUAGAUAUGAUCAUAAUUUUCUGCCUGGGCUCCCUAAAAAUAUGACUUACUCUCCCCCUGGUGAACAAUCCAGUGUUCAUAGUGUAUGGUUUAAUGAAACUGGUUCAGAAUUCACCAGAUAAAGAAACAAUGCAUGGCAGAGAAAAUCCUUGUAAAUGUAAAUCCUUGUAAAUACAGUAUGAUUGACUAAACACUCAUGGCAUGAUUUUAUGUUUGCUCAAUCAAAUGUGAUGUCUUCUUCCCCUGGACCGUUUGCACAUUUUUUGUGCAUUAUUGAAUCAACAGUGUUAUAUUCAAUAAAAGGAACGAAUAACCACUGUAACUAAUUUGAUCUCUAAUCCAAUCGGAGUGGAUAUGUAAAAGGGAAAUGUUAUAAUCUAAUUUGUAAUGACCUGGAGCUUAAUUACCUUUUGUAUAGUAUUUUAUUAUAAACACUUCUGGGGUUAAAAUGUGCAAAUAGUCAAUGGGUUUGAAAGCAGAGGGCUGCUGAUACGUUAUCAUGUUACUGAGACCAGAAUAUAGACAGGAUGCCCAAAAGUUGAAUUUAUUGGGUCCUACACAAAUAGAGUUUAUAAAUAAUUGCCCCCUUUCCAAUUGUAAGAUGGUUAAGUUUAUUUUGGUUAAAAUGUGAAUUGUGUCACAUUGGUGUCGGACUUAAAACUGUUCUUGCUCAAUAUGGACGUUUGAAGUAUAACAUAAAUAACCUGCUUCAACUAAUUUUGGUAAGCCGAUACAAAUUGUGAUUUUACUUUCUUGCGGUCUGUUAUUAACAACAGCUCUAGACUUGUCUGUGACUCCCAGUUACGCAUUUAUUGCAAAAUACUAUUUUAAGCACAUCCGCAACAUCAUUGUCGGUUGUUUUUUGUUAUGCAACUCCUCCAGAGAUAUUUAUUUAUUAAGUAGUACUGUACUUUAUACCACAACAUUGAGCAAGUUAUCACAUGUUCUUUUUCUGACCAUGAAGCUGGCUCAUACUAUUUAAAUAAAAACGUUCAAAUUAACGUUCACACAGACCUAUUACAAAUCCAGCUGAUGCACAGUGAAUAAUGUCUCAUAAUGAAACCCAUUUGUUGGACAUUUUAAUCAAUCAUUUUUAGAAUUUUUGUUUUCAAGAUGCAAAAAAAAAAAAUCUAAACAAUUUGGGUUUAAAGAGUAUAUAGACAGUUUAUUGUAGAUAAUAACAUGCAAAAGUCUCUCAUUGCAGGUUAAUAUUCUGUAUUGACCGUAUUGGAGUGUGUAGGUUGUGUUUAAAUAACAGGAGACUGUGUUAACGUUACCUGCAUGGUGUUGCUUGUGAGCCUGUGACUUGUGACCUCAGCUGAACCGACUGCUCUUUGUAUAUGUCAUCUCAUAUGAAGCAACUCUGUGUGAUCAGUUAUCUGCAUCUGUUGUAAUGCAGCACCUUGGUUAUUAUGUAUCGUGAGGAUUUGUUGUCUUCACACUUGUACUAACAUCUCAAUUCUGGAUGUAAUGUUAAUGAAGCUCAUUACACGCUGGAUGUCAUUGCUCUUCUUCUGAUGAAUUAAUUUAGUCCCUGAAAUGGCAGCUGCACACACACACACUGUUCAUGGUAAAUGCAAAUGUUUUUUAACAAGUGGGAAUUUAAUCGGUGUGAAACUUGGUAUUUAACAAACCUCUCGUGUCAAACGAGCUGUCGAGCUUUAGAACUUGGACAGUUUUGCAGAACCCACUUCCCUAUGUGGCCUUUAAUCCCGUAUAACAUAAGGUGUUGCAAAUGUAUUACAUAGUCUAAUUUGCCUAUAUGUGUAAUAACCUAACCUAGUCUUUAUAAUGAUGCAAACCACUAAAUAGUGUCAUCUAUUCUCAUUUAAAUACACUUCUACCAAUGCCAUCUGCAGAUCUGGUCUAUAUUUGUCAAUUUGAUAGACAUUUUACAACUACAGAUUAUAUCACUGUAUGUAAUCAACGGACAGUAAUUAAUUAUGAACUGCUCAUAAAGUGCAAUAAAGCUGCUGGAUUGUUUUAUUAUUAGGGCGUUAUAAGAUAUUGCUGUAACUCUCUAUAGGAGAAACCUAUUGGGCCUCAUGAUUCGUAGAAAUAAUAUAUAAUUAACACCGGUUUUAACGGGCGAAUGAUUAUUCCUGGAACAUUUUCCAUGCCCAUUUCCUACCUCUAAGACGUCUUCAGUUUACAGCCGAGUUUAGUAAAGUGAACAUUCUUUGUUUCUAAACUUUUUAGCAUUGUGUUGAUGUACAUCUUAACGCUUUGCUGUGGUUCAUUUUGUCGUGUGUGUUGAGGCAAAGCUUCACAGAUCGGUCUACAUGUUGGUGUGUUCUCAGUGACAUGUUGUGAUGUUAAAAAAAA